AUGACUAUUAUCAAAGUUGCCCUAAAAUUGUUGCCAACAUUUGCAACAAGAGAUGUUAUGGCGGACGUACUAUCGUGCAGAUUCACAUGUUUCUGUGUUAAUCUUCUCUCAACUGCAAUUCCUGUUUCGGUGAAGGAAAGCGGUGUUUGGAGUCCUCCACAAAUUCUGAUAACAAUUCGAUUAAUUCAUUUGGCGGACAACGAAGAUGAGGUUCCACUUGUGCGAUCCGCUGCCAUCCUACAGCUCGUUUCAUUGGCUCGUCAGAUUGGAAAUGAGUUCAAAACCGAAUUGGCUCCUCUUCUCUCCGGUCUGGUAGGUGAUAGUCAACGCAUCGUUCGAUCUGCUUGUGUCACCCCUCUUCUCGAAUUAGGCAAGAUGUUGAACAACAACGAAACCGCAGAAUACGAAACAACCAUCCAAGCUUCACUGGACAAACUCAAUGAAGAUGGUUCUCGGGAUACUCGACGAGCAUUGGCCGGGACUAUGGCGGAGUUGCAAAAGAUUGCUGUAGCUAAGGGUGGAAACGCAAAGUCCCUUCACUUGAUGAUGAUGAACUUAUUGGAAGAUAAUGAGGUGGAAACACGUCGAAUUGCUGCCAGUCAAUUCCAAGAAUUCUGCUUGGCCUCACCGGUGGAUGUUCAACGAGAUUUUCUCCUUCCACGUCUUCAAGAGCACCUGAACAUGGAACGAGAAGAGCGUGUUCGUUGCGAGUUGGUUGCAGCCGCAGUAGGACUCUUGCCGGCACUUUCUACUGCCAACGCUGUCGCUUCGUCUGAAGACACCUCGACAGGCCAAAUGACUCCCCUACUAGCUCUUGUUCGGCCUAUCCUCGCCUUUCUUAAUAACAACUCUGACCAGCCGAAGCAGUACGUGUUUGAAUAUUUCGCUCAAUUAAUGUCCUUUAUCCCCGCUAGUGAGAUUCAAUUGACCAUCUUGCCAAGUCUGGUGAACCUCUGGCAAGGCAAAAAUUGGCGUGUGCGUCUAGGUGUUGUCCAAUCGCUUCCCUGUCUAUUCGCAACAUUGCCCGAGAGCUGCCUGCGUGAAACCAUACUCCCAUCAACUUUAGCCUGGUUAAUAGACCCAACGUGGGCAGUUCGAGACUGCGCAUGUCGCUCCCUGGCUCGUCUUCUCCUUGUCUGCCCGGCUGCUGCAACUGAUGCUAUAAUGGGCACUGCUGCCAAUUCAUCAGGAAGCAAUGACAAAGACACAGCCAACGCUGCAGCAAGUGCUACCAACACAUCUGCAUCGACAACUGCAUCCACCGCGAGUGUGGAAAAAGCAUCCCUAUCAUCAGGUGGACCAGAAGCUGCUGCUGGAGCUGGGGGAGACACCGGGGCUCCGCUAUCGAUUGCUGCUAUGGCCGCGAAUGCCUCGGCUAGAGGGUUGAGAGCUCUGGCAACAGAGCAGAAUUAUCACCUGCGGCAGAUUUUCAUUCUUGCUGUUCAAGCCCUAUGGGGACCGGGUAUUCCAGUAGAGCCCUCUUACAGCGCCCUCGGUGAUCCCUCGCCUUCUGCGGGCCUGAUAUCACCCGCCGAUCUCUACGAUUACGUUCUCAACUCUGCUCGCGAUCAGCAGCAUGUGGGGAAAAAGGGAAGCAGCAGCGGGAAAAAGUCCUCAGGUGCCACCCCUACUUUGCCAGAGGGUUGUGACCCCUCCCCGGGACAGCGUCUCCCCUCAACAGCCAUCACCACUUGUCUACCACUUCUGCUUCAACUCCUCACUGACGACCCGGUGGCCAACGUCCGCUUCGCUGCUGCUCGCACUCUCGUUAUCAUUUCGGGCGCUAUUGAUAGCAAAAGCGUGCAGAAACAGGUGAUUCCAGCACUGAAAAAGGUACUAGAAGAUGAAAAGGACGCAGAUGUUCGCUUCUUUGCCCAAGAUGCUCUUAGACGUAAGUUCUCAACUGCUUUACAUCUCAAGGCCCAUUCAUAUACGAAGGCCUUUGAGAAAAUUAACAAUGAACUCGGACUGAUUGAAUUAACUUCUGCUAAUAUUCAUGAAACCACUCCUCAACACCCCCCUCCCUCUCUUGCGCACUUAGUGGGAGUUGAGAUAACAUAUCUCACCUAG